UACACUCUCUUUCUCCUGACUACAUCCCCCAGAUGUUGACAAUUAAACCAGUGGUGAUCAUGGGUGCUACGGGCACGGGUAAGACAAAGCUAUCAAUUGAUGUAUGCAAGGUGAUUAGUGGCGAAGUGGUGAAUGCUGACAAGAUGCAAAUCUAUCAUGGGCUUGACAUCGCAACCAACAAGGUCCAUCUGAAGGAUGGAUGUGGUAUUCCUCAUCACCUUAUUAGGGCUAUUUUUGCAAUUACCGACGAUUUUUCUGUAUCUUUCUUCCGAUCUAUUGCAACCAUUACUACAAAGUCUAUUGUAAGGCGUGGUCAUGUACCGAUUCUGGUAGGUGGCUCAAACUCACUGAUCCAUGGAUUCCUUGUUGACCAUUUUGAUCCCUCCCUUGUUGAUCCUUUUGCAAUUGCGAGGUAUCGACCAACUUUAAGGUUCCAAAGCUGCCUCCUGUGGCUCCAUGCUCAUGAGUUAGUUCUUAAGGAAUAUCUCAACCGCCGUGUUCACGAUAUGGUUGAUGUUGGUUUGGUGGAGGAACUCAAAGAAUUCUUUGAUUCUAUGUCCAUUCGCAAGCUUGCUGAGCACACUGGGCUAGCUAGGGUAAUCGGUGUGUCGGAACUAAGUGAAUAUUUUGCCGGACGCAAGAGACUUUGUGUUUGCAUAGAUGAGAUGAAAGCCAAUACGCAUGCCCUUGCAAAUGCACAGACUGCAAAGAUUCAACAUAUUGCUGAUGUUUGGGGUUGGCCUGUUUGCUUCCUUGAUGCCACAGAAACCAUACGUGCGCAUCUCACUGGAUCAAACGAUACUGCGAAGGCCAUAGCAUGGGAACAUGAUGUGAGUGGUCCUGCACUUACUACUAUAAAUAAGUUUUUGGAUAGUUGA